AUGCCCCAACAUAAAUAUAAAGUAUCUGUUCACGCCCGUUUCGGAGUUAUAUGGCAAAAGCUUUUGGAUAAGAUUGAACAUCCGCAAAAAUAUGUAAUUGAAAUUCGACAUGUUGAGAUUUUAGAACGUAAACCAGAUCAUAUUGUACGCCGGGUUCAAUUUGAGAAUACAUCAUGGCAAGAAUUAAAAGAAUUAAUCAUUAUUAAUGAAAAGGCAGGCACAAUAGUCUAUCGCUUAGUUGAUCAUCCAUAUUUUACAGGUGAUACAACUAAUAUAUGUCGCACGACAAAUGACGCGCAUAUAUCAGAAUUAGAAUACACAAUUGAUUGGAAAUUAAAAGAUCCCAAUGGCAUUGAAUCAACUGAAAUUAAAGAUGAUGCUCGACAAGCAUUAGAAUUAUCGGCGAGAGAAAUGAAGCGAGCUUCAGAAGAAGCAGAAAGUGUUCAUGGUAAGCUAUGA